AUGGCUUUGCAAGAGCCUCUUGAGGAUGUACCUGAUAUAACUGAAAAUAAGAAGAAGGACCGGUUCCAUGCCUUCUUCACGGAACUACGUGCCAUGAUUCAAGCUCAUGGUUACCCUGUAAAAGGAGACAGAUCUAAGACAUCACAGAGGACGACUGCUGCUUCACAGGAGAAGGAAGGCAAAGUCAAUCCAGAAACCUCCAGAGAGCAAUCCAAUUGGAUUCCAUUUCAUAGCUAUGAAGACUUCAAGUGUAAGACACUACAAUCAUUAGAUGGCUUUAUGAUAAUACUGAGCACAGAUGGAGUGAUAAUUUUUGUCGCUGAAAACAUCACUUGUCUCCUUGGCCAUUUACCAAAUGAGAUUAUAGGUAAAAAGUUAUUAAGUCUCCUGCCUGAUCAUGAGAAAAAUGAAGUCUACCGAAAGAUUGCUCUCAAACUUCCUUUGUCAAACUCAGGUACAGAUUUGGGAAAACAUAUUGAUUUUUGCUGUCAUUUAAAGAGAGGAAAUGUUGAACAUGAUAGUGCACCUACUUAUGAAUAUGUGAAACUCAUCCUAACUGUACAAGAUAUUUUAAAUGAACCUUUGAUGCUCUUCAGCAGCUUCUUCCCCAGCCAUGCCUAUGCUGAGUCAUCUCCUACAUAUCUUCCUCUGGAGGAUCGUUUUUAUCUGGUGGGGUCUAUCUUUCUCUUCAGGGCUCAGACCCUACGGGAACUUUUCACUGUAAAGAAAGCUGAGGAAGAGGUUCUGCUGAUACAAGACUCCGAUGAGGAAGCUGUAUCUCCAGAGCACAGAAGCCAGGGCCAAAAGAGAAGUUCUAGAAUGGAAUUGCUUUGUGCUGAAUCUGCUGCUGCUGCUGCUGCUGCCUCAGAGGAUCAAGUUGAUAUUGGAACAGUUGAGCAGUAUGGCCCCCAAGAGUCUGAUCAUGUAAUUAGGAUAGAAUCUGAUACAUCUUAUGAUUCCAGCACAUCGUCCCUGGAAAGCAUACUGGCAUCACCAGAAUGUCACGAAUGUUCUGAAUUACUCUUGGUACCUGGCACAUCUAAUCCUGAACAUGGAACAACGCUGGACUCUCCUGUUUUUAUGACUUAUAAAGGCAACAAAGAGAAAUCUGUAAAUCUUGCUGAUAAUGUUGGUACUUCUGCUUUCUUGGUCACGCGUUCCACUGGGCUUUCUUCUUCAGUUGCAUCAUCUUUGCAGAGCUUUGAAUUCCAGCCGGCGGUGGAACAGGUGUCUGAUGUGGAUGAGGUACAACUGGAGGACGAGCUGGAAGAGGUGGACCUGAUGGAGCAGAUGGAUGAGGUGGAUGAGGUGGGACAAGUAGAUGAAGAGGAAGAGGUGGAGCAGGUGGAGCAGAUAGAGGAGCUGGAGCAGGAGGGGCAGCUGGACCAGGUGGAGGAGGACAAACAGCUGGACCGAGUGGAGCAGGAGGACCAGGCGGACCAGGCUGAGCAGGAGGCUAGCUCACCCUCCAGUGCAGCUGCUGGCAUCAGUGAUGAGUCUGGUAGGAUUUGGAGACCCCGGUGUCCCUAUCUGGGAGCCACAAGCAAUUCCUCCCCACAGUCAAUACAACUACCGCCAUCAAUUAUGUCAUAUAUCAACAAGCGGGAGCUGGAGCUGAUGAAAAAGUUCACGGAGCAGCUGGAAGAGCGGACACGGAUGCUGCAGGCUGACAUCCGAAGCCAGUGGGAUGCACUGGAAAUGAUGAAGGAACAGCUUCAGAGAAUACAGGAUUCUACCUUUCAGAUGCAGCCAACCAUCUCACACCACCUUGACCAUCCUGAGUUCCAGUCUUUGGAGCCAGUGCUCAAGAAACAACGCACUGAGCAAAUGAAGGAGUCCCUCCCAGACCUCGAGGAGAUCAGCCUUUCCUGUGGUUCAUGUUCACCCUGCUCUUUCAAAUUCUCGGAGGAGCUGGAGGAGACUUGUGAUGACUCCAACCAGCCACUGCUGGAGGGGCAGGACCCAUUCCUGCAGCAGCCGUUGCAACAGGCACAGGACCAGCUUCUGUCAGAGCAGCAGAUGCAGGAGCAGCCCCAGCCGCCGAGCACCGUGGUGGGAAGGCAGAAUCUGCAGAUAUACCUGCCAGGCCGGGCCAGCGUAGCUGUGCCCCUCUGUGAGGACCACAUGACGUUCAUGCACACCCAGCCCAUCGUUCCUGUCCAGUUAGCAGCUGGACAACAGCCCUCUGGCUGCUAUCAAGGCGAUACUCUGCGGGACGAGGAAGAUGACAGCCCUAGUUUUGUUCCUGAGGAGCAGCAGAAGGUGUCCAUGGUAUAUAACCCGGGCUCUGACACAGUUGCUUCUACCAGCUUUCCUCAGUCUCCCAUACAUUCUGACUCCAGCUUAGUCACUCUGGAGACCCCGCAGGAUUAUAUCCAGCUUUGGCGACAGCCACCAGAUUCACAGCAUCACCUUUACCUCCAAGUGAAUACUUGGACUUCCAGUGAGCAGAACAGCCUGCAGGACCAAGCUACCUGGCCCCAGGUAUAAACCUUUCCUUUCCCCUAUGCUUCCCAGCCUAGGUCAGGGCAUUUGGCAUGGAGGCCAGGCCCCUUCCCCAAAAAGCACACACCACAGCAGUACGCUCUGGGUGUGAAAUCCAGACUUCAGAGCUCAGUAAAUUCGAGAGCAAUUACUCGCAUGGCGGCGGCACACACUGCUGAGUCAAUUGAUUCCCUUCAAGUUUCCAUGAAAAAGUGAGCUGUCCUCAUGGAUCUUAAAUGCGAUCAGAGGUAAAAACUUCCCUAACUAACCCUAACCCAGACCCCUUUCUGAACUUGUGGAUCAUUCAUUCUGCUG